AUGACUAUAGUGAUUAAACAUCGUAGAAUGUACAAGACAACAACUAGUGAAUCAUUAUCAGAAGAUAUGGUGGCACGAUAUUUAUUACGUAAACCAAAUUUUGUAAAACGUUGGUUUAAAGAAAAUGCUACAAAUGAUUUAAUACACGAAUGUAUUCGAAUUAAACAACAAAAAGAAUAUUUAAUAAAACCACGAGCAUCUAUUACACAUGAAAUGUUCAAUAAUAUUUUACAAGGUAAUCGUUCUAAUCGUGAAACUAAUAUUUUAUAUCAAAAUGUUGAUUAUAUGAAUCUAAAUGAACAUGAAUUAUUUACGGAAUUGAUUCGUGACAUAGCCAAUGAAUUAAAUGUUGACGUUGUCUGUCAUAAAAUAUUGACAAAUGUAUCGAUAUUAACAAAUAGUGAUCGUGGUAGUCUAUUUCUGGCACGAGGUCCAACAGAUGCAAGAUAUUUAGUAUCAAAAUUAUUUGAUGUUACUGCUGGUAGCACAUUGGAACAAUCACUACACACAGAAGAUCAACAAAUUAUCAUACCAUUUGGAAAAGGAAUUGCUGGUCAUGUAGCAUCAACCAAAGAAUAUAUCAAUAUUCCAGAUGCCUAUGAAGUAAGUCGCUAA